CUCCAUUCUCAUUGCAUUUGCAAUAUACCGCAAGAAAAGUACUGAAACGUUCGUUCCUCUUCUUUACUCAUGGAAGAAGCUUAUAACGCAACAAAAACAACUGCCCCCGUCUACGGCGAUAUGAACGAUCAUUAUAGAAUCACCGAUGAAAAUUAUCGUGAACUACCUGCCGCCGACGUUCAAAUCAUUACAUCCGACGGCUUACGCAUUCCGGCUCAUAGUAGCAUUCUGGCCUCUGUAUCACCGGUGUUGGAGAAUAUCAUUGAUAGGCCACGUAAACAUCGGAGAUCUGAGAGAAUCAUUCCCAUCCUCGGCGUUCCUUCCGACGCCGUUUCGACGUUUGUUCGAUUCAUCUACUCCUUCAGGUGCGAUGAGGAGCAGCUAGAGAAGUUCGGGAUUCAUCUAUUGGCAUUAUCCCAUGUUUACUUGGUACCUCAGCUGAAACAGAGAUGCGCCAAGGCUGUGAGUCAUCGGUUGACGGUUGACAAUGUUGUGGAUGUACUUCAAUUGGCAAGGCUCUGUGAUGCACCGGAUCUCUACUUGAAGUGCAUGAGAUUAAUCUCUAGCCAUUUCAAGAGUGUAGAGAAGACUGAAGGCUGGAAAUUCAUGCAAAAUCACGAUCCCUUUCUAGAGCUCGAGAUUCUCCAAUUCAUCGAUGAAGCUGAAUCGAGGAAAAAGAGAACAAAGAGGCACAGAGAGGAGCAGCGCUUGUACAUGGAGUUAGCUGUAGCAAUGGAAUGCUUAGAACACAUAUGCACUGAAGGGUGCACGAGUGUUGGGCCUUAUGACGUACAUCCCACAAAAAAUAGAGGCCCCUGCAGCAAGUUCUCCACAUGUCAAGGCAUCCAGCUCCUGAUCAAGCACUUUGCAACGUGUAAGAAUCGGGUUAAUGGAGGUUGCUCCCGUUGUAAGCGGAUGUGGCAGCUUCUAAGACUUCACUCUUCGAUGUGUGACCAGCCUGAUUCUUGUAAAGUUCCUCUCUGCAGGCAAUUCAAAAUGCAACAAGAGAAAAAGGGCGAUGACGCCCUCUGGAAAUUACUGGUGAAGAAGGUCAUGUCAGCCAGAGUUCUUUCUACUCUGUCUUUGCCAAAAAGGAAAAGAGAAGAGCAAUUGAGCGAGACAUUACAGAAUCAUGGGAUUAGAACCUUCAGAUUAUAAUGUACUGAAGCAAGAUGCAUUGUGAUGUUCGUUCUUUUUGUGUAUACUAAAUAAUUUCCAUGUCAGGUCUAUCGUAAACAAAAGCGUAGUCCUGGUUAGUUAGUUCUUAUGUACUCCGGUUCUGUCUUUUAAGAGUAUGGGAAGGAGUAGACAAGUGUUAAUUAAUUAGAUAAUGGAAAUGAGUUAAGUAUUGUAUAUAUAAAGGAAGGAAAAUGUAGCGCAUGAGGUAGUUGCUUGUAAUCCCAAACCUUGUGUCUAUGAAUGCAAGUGGCCGUUUUCUUGUAAUUUUGCUCA